CCGAAGUAAGGCCCACUAUUAAUUUCAGUACACCAAUUUCCAAAACAUAAACUUUGGUACAUCAAAUAUGAAACCCGACCCAAUAUACAUACACGACGUCAAUGACGCCGUUAGUCUUGUGACAGCUGUCACAUUUCAAGGGGUAAAAUGGUCUCUUCAUAUUUUUUACUCUGAGCACCCAGUAAUCUCUCUUCUCUUAUUCUGGGCACCCAUCUCUAUCUCUCUCUCUCUCUCUCUCUCUCGCGCAAAAUAGUGGGCAUAGCUAGACAUCAAAAGUCUUCUCUGCAAGUGAGCCUUAGCCUCAAAACUCCCAGACAUAAAAAAAAAAAAAACCACAGCAAUAAUAUACUCUACAGCCAACGACGCCGUUUUGGGUAUGGGACUUCAAGCCGGUUGGACCCUGCCGGGGCUCACCCCCAAGCCCUGCGACACCUGCAAGUCAUCGCCGUCGGCCGUCUUCUGCCGCGCCGACUCGGCCUACCUCUGCCUGACCUGCGACUCCAAGAUCCACUGCGCCAACAAGCUCGCGUCGCGCCACCAGCGCGUGUGGAUGUGCGAGGUCUGCGAGCAAGCUCCGGCCGCCGUCACGUGCAAUGCCGACGCCGCCGCCCUCUGCGUCACGUGCGACGCCGACAUCCACUCCGCCAAUCCGCUCUCGCGUCGCCACGAGCGCGUCCCCGUGGAGCCGUUCCUAGACUCGGCCGAGUCCAUCGUCAAAUCCACCUCGGCUGCUGGCCUCAACGACGCCGUUUCGCCUCUUAAAAACGAAGACGCCGAUUCUCUGCUCAUUCCCAACCUGAAUUUCAGCGCCAAGUUCAUUGAUGCUCUCGACAUCAAGCCCGGGGAUAUGUUCUUCCCGGAAAUGGAAUCGUUAUUCGAACUCGAUUACCCGAACCCGAUCCAAAACUCCAGUUCGGGUAUGGAUAGCGUGGUUCCGGUUCAACCCGACCCGAUUCCACCUCCUCCUGUCGUCAACCAACCCCCUCAUGAAAAUUGCUUCGACAUUGACUUCUGCAGAAACAAGCUCUCUUCCUCCUUCAGUUAUCCAGCUCAAUCAAUCAGCCAAAGCGUCUCGUCGUCCUCCUUAGAGGUGGGAGUUGUUCCCGACGGAAAUUCAUUGUCCGAGAAAGAGAGGGGGCUAAUGUAUGAGACGGGGACCAGCUGGGGGGGACCAGGGGAGUGAGGGAGGGAGAAAGAGAGGGGGCUAAAAAAUGAAAAACCAAUUUUGCCCUUCAUUAUGUGUGUAAUGGCAGGCGAAUUGACGGCGUCAUUGACGUCGUGUAUGUAUAUUGGGUCGGGUUUCAUAUUUGAUGUACCAAAGUUUAUGUUUUGGAAAUUGGUGUACUGAAAUUAAUAGUGGGCCUUACUUCGGGUACUA